AUGGAGGUCGUUCCCGAGGUAAAAGCUUGCGAGUCAUGCGCCAAAUCAAAGCGGAAGUGCGGAAAGGAGAGCCCACGAUGUCACCGCUGCGCGUCACGGGACCUCGAGUGUAUCUAUCCACUCCCAACCAGACCAAGCUCGUUUGUACGGCUGCAGGACGCUCCUGUGCCAGUCCAACCACCCACCGCCAUGGUCACGAGGGAAAUUGAAAGGCCAGCCGAUCUCUGGGACCCGAAUUUACUGCUCUCAUUUCCCCCAAAUUCUCAAUUCGGUGCCAUACCUCGGCCCACUACGGAGCUCGAGUUGGCUCGGCCCACAGCACUACUCUCAUCCACACCUGCGAAGCAGCUUAGUAUCGAUUGGUUUAUGUCACCAGAGUCGUGGAAUAUAGAGAACGACUUGCCACAUUAUCGAGAAACCCCGAUGCCUCCAUCCCCCUACAGCCGCGUCGCACUCAAGACUUUCCUUACACAAGGCCAAGGCUGGCUGUCAGACUGGAUCUCGACAGGUGGCAACACCUUCAUCCACAAACAGCUCUAUUCUUUCAGGCUACCGAGGAUAGUGCAAGAUGCGUACACGUCUGUUGCGCUAUACAUGUUGAGGACCGAAGAGAACGAGGACAUGGUGCACCGAACAAUAGAAGAGCGGUCGAAGCAGCUCCUCAAAGACGAAGAGAACCACAAGACAUCGAGCAGCCUCGACCCCUUCGGCCAUCUCUCCAGGGUCCAAGCCCUCCUCACAUAUCAGAUCAUCUGCCUCCUCGACGGGAACAUCCACCUGCGCGCCCUCGCUGAGGAACGAGUGCCAGUCAUGAUGGCCUGGCUCAAGCAGAUGCUCGAGAGCGUCGCCUUCGCGUCCCAGCUCACCCCCGCCGGCACGACCGGGGCGCUGACGGCCGCGAGGGGCCUCGGGCUCGGCGUCGUGGACAUCAUGAGUGCCGCGACCCCGGGCGCGACGCCGCCCGCCGCCACGUGCCCCACCUCGCAGGAGGAGAUAAUGUGGCACACGUGGAUCUUCGGCGAGUCGGUGCGCCGGACAUGGAUCUUCGCUCAGGGGAUACACAUCGUCUACACUGUCGUCCUGCAGGGCUGGGCGAUCUGUCCCGGUGCACUGUCGUUCACAGCUGUGGCUGGUGUCUGGGACGCGCCAUCGAGCCAUGCGUGGAAUAAGAUGUGUAGGGAGAGGGAUGUGUCGAUGAAUACUCCACAUGAGAUAGAGAGUUUCUUGGACAAUGCUAGGCCGGAGGAUGUUGAUGAAUUUACAAAGUCUCUGCUGGAGGUCACCUUUGGAAAGGCGAAGAUGGAGAGGUGGGUGGAUGCCGCUUCUUAG